UGCCGGAAGCGCGGCCCCGGAAGUUGGAGCCAUGGCGGCGGCAGCGGCGCUGCUGCUGCUGCUGCUGGCGAUGGUGGGAGCUGACGACUCGGACUGGGUGCGGCUGCCCAGCAAGUGCGAGGGGACACGUGGAGCUUGGCAGAGAAGAGCAAAAGGAAGAAGUGAAACUGGAGCUCUCUGCAAAGCGUUCCCUGCAGGGGAAGCAGCUCUGGAGAUGCUGUGUGAUGUCUGAGCUGUGCUGGGGCACCGGCAUAACCUCAGAGAAGCAUCACAGCGAGCCCUGACCACGCGCUGCUCCUCUCCCGGCUCAGGCUUGGAACCUGUGUCAGCGCGCAGCAAUAGUCGUGGGUGGCAUCUGGAUAACUGGACCCAGCAGUGAGUGCUCCCAGCAUCUCUGGGGACGCUGCAGCAGGUGCGAUGUGGAGAAGGACAUCAUCGAGUCCAGAGGCACUGCGGGAAGGUGGCCUCGUCCCACCUGGGAAAUGUCUGCACCAGUCAUCUCGAGCUGCUGGUGCCAACAGAGAGAGGAAAGCACUGGAGGCAUCUCAGCACAUGCAUGGCAGCCCUGGAGUAGCCACCUUGCUCUGUUUCUGCCUGCAGCACACCUCUCCGCUCCCGCCAUUGCAUGGGAAAAGAUGUGUGUGCAAGUACGUGGCUGUGGAGCUGAAAUCUGCUUUUGAGGAGACCGGCAGGACCAAGGAGGUGAUUGACACAAAGUACGGCUUCCUGGAUGGAAAGGGCUCCGCCGUCAAGUACACACAGUCGGACAUCCGAUUAAUCGAGGUGACGGAGAACAUCUGCAAGCGGCUGUUGGAUUACAACCUGCACAAGGAGAGGAGUGGCAGUAACAGAUUCGCAAAGGGAAUGUCAGAGACCUUUGAGACCCUGCACAACCUCGUGCACAAAGGCGUCAAGGUAGUGAUGGACAUCCCCUACGAGCUGUGGAACGAGACUUCUGCUGAGGUGGCCGACCUCAAAAAGCAGUGCGAUGUGCUGGUGGAGGAGUACGAAGACGUGAUCGAGGACUGGUACAGACACCACCAAACAGAGGACCUCUCCCAGUUUCUCUGCGCCAAACACGUGCUGAAAGGGAAAGACACGAGCUGCCUGGCAGAGACGUGGACCGGCAAGAAGGGCGACCUGGCGAGCAUCGGGAAGAAGAGCGGAAAGAAGAAGAAAAAGGGACGGAAAGAAGAGAGUGAGGGAGCCGCCGCCGCGCUCACGGCUGCCGGGGAGGCCCUGGAGGAGAGCGGAGUGCAGGAGGCGGCCCCGCUGGCGCACAGCCCCACCGACGAGCUGUGAGCUGCCGUCUCCGGCGGGAACCAAAGCAAAAGGGACUCGUGCCGCGGCCGGAGCAGCCGCAGCUCCAGCUUGGGGGCGGUGCUGGAGGCGCGGAGCCGCUCAGCCCCCUUCGCUGCCCUCCCGGGGGGCUCCCGCUGCCCCGGGGCCAGCUCCUCGCCGCGCCAGGACUGUAAAUAAAGACAUUUUCCCCAGACCCGCCGGCCCUG